AAACGAAGACACUUCGACCGGUCCACAGAGCAGCCAUGUAGGCCCGCAGGCAGGCAGCCAGCCCUUUGGUGAAAGGAAAAAGGACGAUCGUGUCUCGUCCGUCUGUCCAACGGCGGAGAUGGCGGAGAGGAGUGCGGCGGUGCUGGCUGCCCCACUGGUGGACCUCCUCCCUCCCGUCGACUUCUGCUGCGCUUAUGGCUCCUCUCUCCUCCCCAACAACCACGAUCAUACUUCUAUGGUGGACUACAUACUGGGAGUUGCAGAUCCCGUCCAAUGGCACUCCGAGAAUCUGGAGAGGAAUAGGAAGCACUACUCCAAGUGGAUGGCUCAUCUCGGCCCAGAAAUGAUUACGAGGGUUGCAGAUGGUGUCGGCGCCGGAGUGCACUUCAAUCCGUUCGUGGAGUGGAGAGAUAAGAUGAUAAAGUAUGGAGUCGUGCGGAUGCAUGAUUUAGCGAUGGAUGUAUUGACCUGGGACAGGUUCUACCUGAGCGGCCGAUUGCAGAAACCUGUCCGUGUUCUUAUUGAUAACUGGGAGAUAAGAAAGGUCAAUGUAAUUAAUUUAAAAUCAGCAACAUCUGCUUCACUUCUCCUUUUGCCACCUGAAUUUACUGAGGAAGAUCUAUAUUCGAAAAUUUGUGGCCUCUCAUACAUGGGUGAUCUGAGGAUGCUGUUUGCCGAAGACAAAAAUAAGGUGAAAAAGAUAGUCCAAGGAAGUUUCAAUUUAUUCCAAUCAAUGUAUCGGCCACUAUUACGAGAGUACGCAAGUGAUGGGUUACUGAAGAUGUCAUCUCUCGGUCAGCAGCAAUCAUUCAAGCAGGAAUGCGGUUCAUCUGCGACUAACUACCUCGUUUCUAUGCUUCCAGCGACAAUCCAAAGACAGAUUGGAGGAAAGUGUAGAGUAGAUGAAACAGGUAGAAUAAUAACACCCCAGAUCAUCGUAUCUUCGAAAGAGGAGGCCGCUAACUGCGUCCGUAAAGCUCUGAGACGGAUUGUUAUGGUCUCAAGUGUGAGGCAGGCGGUAUCCGGAGUGCUUGCCGCAGGCGGAGUAAAUGCCGCUCGAUAUCUCGGGAAAAAGAUAUCAAAGGCUUGGACGUCUAGAACAUCGUGAUUUGUAACCUGAAGAUGUAUUCUCAAGUGCAUUCGGUUUGGUUUGGGCAUGAAUUCUGAAGCGAUGACCUCUCAUUUCUCUUUUCCUUUUUGUUUUUUCAUUCCUGGGUUGACCUGCGAUCGUGGGAGAAACAGACGAGAGCACAGUCAAUUCUGUGUUUGGUUUUACAUUGCAUGAAGCAUACUACUAAUGGCAGUAAACGAAAUGGCGGACAGAUUUUCAGAUUACUGGGAUACUGGGUUAAAUUGAGGGGUAGUGUGGUACUCUGAAGAGGGUUUACUGAGACAUCCAUUGACGGGUUAUUGUUAUCGAUGAUUCGGCUAUGCUUAGCUGAUUAAUGGUAAUAACCCGAGUGCUCCUCUUCUUUCGCGCCCAACCAAUUAGUCCUAAACUGUCGUUUUAAUAUCGAGUUUGAUUAUCGUGCUCGACUAUAGUUUGAGUUGCUCAUUUGUUGUAAAAUGAAGUCCAGGAAAAUAGCAUGAUUCCGUAAUGUUUGUCCUUUGUUGCAACAAGAUGUGUACUAAGCUUCUGCUGAAACAUUGUGGAUUGCAUCAUCCUGUUGUGAAAUGGUAAAAAAAUUACUUCUUUUGUUGCAUGGUUAUAA